AGGGAAAAACCGGAAAUGGGAGCAGAGGCUGCCGGGAAGUGUAGUUCGGGGUUGCUGUGAGGGGGAGAGAAAAGGAAUCAGCGGGCCGGCGAGACAGAGAGAGAGAGAGAGAGAGAGGGAAGGAAGGCAGGAAGGCGGAGGCCGCGCACAGGCAGGGAGGCAGCCUCACCUCGCCGACCAGGAGCCCGAGGGAGAGGCCUCAUGGAACUGUACUCUUUUCCUCUGCCAGAGAUGUUCUCCCUGAAUUCAUGUAGAAGAGAUAGGACAAUGCAAGUGGAAUCAAGAGAUUUGUUGAAGGAAUUUCCCCAGCCUAAAAAUUUGCUCAACAGCGUCAUUGGAAGAGCCCUUGGUAUCUCCCAUGCAAGGGAGAAGCUGGUCUACAUCCAUACCAAUGGGCCACGGAAAAAGAAAGUCACGCUGCUCAUCAAGUGGCCAAAGAAUGUGGAGGUGGAAGGCUAUGGGACCAAGAAGAUUGAUGCCGAACGGCAGGCUGCAGCAGCCGCUUGCCAGCUCUUCAAGGGCUGGGGUUUGUUGGGGCCCAGGAACGAGCUCUUUGAUGCCGCCAGGUACCGCAUUCUUGCUGAGCAGCUGGGCUGCCCUGAAGAGAGGUGGUGCCCUGAGGGCCGCUGGCGCUCCAAGUCCGGCCCUUCGCUGGCCGACCUGUCCACCUGUUGGAGGCGGAUGGAGCCCGACGAACCCAUCCAGCCACUGGAGCACAGCCGGCUGCCGAAACCCAUCAGGAAGGAAGAGCUGGAGGAGGGGGAACUGGAGGAAGGUGAGCUGGAGGAGGGGGAGCUGGAGGAGGACACCAUCGACGUUUCCGACUACCUGUCCAUGACGCGUCCAGGGGCCCGCACCCCGCCCAGAGACGUCAGAGAUGGGUUUUCUAUUGAAAUGACAGAUGACACCACAGCCUUGCGGGCCUUGUCCCAAUUUCCUCUGCCCAAAAACCUCCUGGCUCAAGUGAUCCAGAUUGCCACUUCCUCAUCCACAGUCAAGGAGUACAUGCAGUUCCGGACGGUGGGCACCAAGACGAAGAUCUGCAAGCUGACGCUGCGCUGGCCCUGCCCCAUGACCUUUGCUGCCAAGGGACGCCGCAAGGUGGAGGCGGAGAACAAAGCAGCCGCUCUGGCCUGCCAGAAGCUGAAGAGUCUUGGUUUAGUGGACAAGAACAACAACCCUCUCAGCCAUGCCAUGUACAACAUGACUUCCCUCCGGGAACUGGGCGAGAACCAGAGGAAGCCCUGCCACAUCAAAGUCCCUGAGGCCACGCUGCGCAAGAUUGAGAACUACCUGAAUCACUUCCCUGUGGAUGCCCGAGAAUCCCGGCCGCGGCUGGCGGAUGACAUGAUGAACCUGAGCAAGGAGUCAGGCUCCCUGAGCGACGCCAUCACGGGCAAGACCUACUUCCCCAUGUCCGAGUCGGAAGAGGUGCGCCUCAGCCAGAACCUCCUGGCUCUCUGGAAGCGGAGGGGCUCCUCCUGGCAGGAGAGCCACGCACUUCCAGUGGACUCCCACCGGGACACUAUCCUCUCAGCCGUGGAGCAGAACCCCGUGGUGGUGAUUGCCGGGGACACAGGCUGCGGGAAGACCACCCGCAUCCCCCAGCUCAUGCUGGAGAACUACAUCCUGGACGGGCGGGGGGCCCAGUGCAACAUGAUCAUCACGCAGCCCCGCCGGAUCAGCGCUAUAUCCGUGGCCCAGCGGGUGGCCCAGGAGCUGGGCCCCAACAUGCGGAAGAACGUGGGCUACCAGGUGCGGCUGGAGAGCAAGCCCCCCGCCCGGGGAGGGGCCCUGCUCUUCUGCACGGUGGGCAUCCUCCUGCGCAAGCUGCAAGGCAACCCCCGGCUGGAGGGGGUCAGCCACGUGAUUGUGGACGAGGUCCACGAGAGGGACGUCAACACCGACUUCCUGCUCAUCCUGCUGAAGGGCGUCCAGAAGCAGAACCCCAACCUCCGGCUGGUGCUGAUGAGCGCCACGGGGGACAACCAGCGCUUCUCUCAGUACUUUGGGGACUGUCCUGUGGUCAAGGUCCCGGGCUUCAUGUACCCGGUCAAGGAGUAUUACCUGGAGGAGAUCAUGAACAUGCUGGGGCGCUACCGGCACCGGCACUAUGAGAUCAAGCAAUCAGACGAGGAGUGUGUCCUCGACCUGGAGCUGAUCACAGACCUUAUCCUUCAGAUCGAUACCCAUGGAGAACCAGGUGGCAUCCUUUGCUUCCUUCCUGGCUGGCAGGAGAUCAAAGGGGUCCAGCAGCGUCUCUUGGAGUCUCUGGGGUCUCACAACAGCCGCUACCUUGUCUUACCAGUUCAUUCCAACAUCCCCAUGAUGGACCAACAGAGCAUCUUCCCACGACCGCCGCCCGGGGUGCGGAAGAUUGUCCUGGCCACCAACAUUGCUGAGACCUCCAUCACCAUCAACGAUAUUGUGCACGUUGUGGACAGCGGGACCCACAAGGAGGAACGCUAUGACCUCAAGACCAAGGUGUCCUGCCUGGAGACGGUGUGGGUCUCCAAAUCGAAUGUUAUCCAGAGGCGAGGGCGCGCUGGCCGCUGCCAGUCAGGCUUUGCCUACCACCUUUUCCCCCGCAGCCGCCUGGACAGGAUGCCCACCUUCCAGGUUCCGGAAAUCCUCCGCACUCCCCUAGAAAACCUGGUGGUCCAGGCCAAGAUCCACAUGCCGGAGAAGACGGCGGUGGAAUUCCUCUCCAAAGCCCUGGACAGUCCGGACAUCAAAGCUGUGGACGAAGCGGUGAUCCUUUUGCAAGAGAUUGGUGUGCUGGACCACAGAGAAGGCUUGACCACACUCGGGAAGCGCCUGGCCCAGAUCUCCACGGACCCCCGGCUGGCCAAGGCCAUCGUGCUGGCCUCCAUCUACCGCUGCAUCCACCCGCUCCUGGUCAUCGUCUCCUGCCUCACCAGGGACCCCUUCAGCAGCAGCCUCCAGAACCGCACAGAGGUCGACAAGGCCAAGGCCAUUCUGAGCCGAGAGAGCGGCAGUGACCACCUGGCCUUCGUCCGAGCCGUUGCCGGGUGGGAGGACGUGCUCCGCCGCAGGGACAGCCGCGCCCGUGACAACUACCUGCAGGAUUAUCUCCUCUAUGCGCCCAGCCUGCGCUUUAUUAAUGGUCUGGUGAAACAGUUCUCCGAAAACCUCUACGAGGCCUACCUGGUGCCCACCCCCUCCGACUGCCUCUUGCCAUCGUCCGUCUGCAACCAGUACAGCGAAGAGGAGGAGCUGGUGAAGGGGGUCCUGAUGGCCGGGCUGUAUCCCAACCUCAUCCAGGUGAGGCAAGGCAAAGUGACCAGACAAGGCAAAUUCAAGCCCAACAGCUACACGUACCGGACCAAGGCUGGGACCGUCCUUCUGCACAAGUCCACCAUCAACAGAGAGGCCUCGAAGCUCUACAGCCGCUGGCUGACCUACUUCAUGGCGGUCAAAUCCAACGGAGGCGUCUUUGUGCGCGACUCGUCCCAGGUGCACCCGUUGGCUGUGCUGCUCAUGACGGACACAGACAUCCACGUGCGGGAUGACGGCUGGCGCGCGACCGUCUCCCUCGUGGACAGCGACCUCCUGGUGCUGGAGGGGGACUCCUACACCAUCCGGCUCCUGCGCGACUUCCGCGUGGCACUCUCCCGGAUGGUGGAGGCCUGCCUCUGCUACGAGAUGGCGGCCAUUCCCGGGGACCUCCACCACCAGCACAGCCAGCUCCUGGACAUCCUGGUGGACCUUCUCAAAGGGCCGCCUGGCAGCUUCGGAGCCUAGACUUGGGCAUUGCACCACCACCACCGCGGAGUAGAAGGAGGAGCAGCAGCACCUGGACAUGGGGACUUGUGUAAUUUGUACAAAACGCUGUUGACAAAUGUUUAUUUAAAUAAAGUUCUAUUUAUCCCUUGUGA